AUGGCUUUUGGAAAUGACUCUGUUGUGACCGAAUUCAUUCUCUUAGGAUUAACAAAUCGACCAGAUCUUCAACUUCCUUUGUUAUUCCUGUUUCUCAUAAUGUAUAUGAUUUGCUUGUUAGGAAAUUUAGGUAUGGUAACACUAAUUAGACUGAAUUUACACCUGCACACCCCCAUGUACUUUUUCCUCUUUAACCUCUCCUUCAUAGACAUCUGCUACUCUUCUGUGUUUACGCCCAAAAUGCUGAUUAAAUUCACCUCAAAGAAGAAUAUGAUCUCAUAUGCAGAAUGCAUGACUCAGCUCUAUUUCUACUGUUUUUUCGUCAUUUCUGAGUGCUAUGUGCUGACAGCAAUGGCCUAUGAUCGCUAUGUAGCCAUUUGCAAUCCGCUCUUGUAUAACAUUGCCAUGUCCCCAAAAGUGUGUUCAAGUCUUACAAUUGGCUGUUAUUUGGUGGCAUUUGCCAGUGCCUUUGCCCAUACUGGGGCCAUGCUGAGAGUGACCUUCUGUGAUAUAAAUACCAUCAACCACUAUUUUUGUGAUAUUCUUCCCUUGCUCCAGCUCUCCUGCACAAGUAUAUAUGUCAAUGAGCUGGUUGUUUAUAUUGUAGCAGGCAGUGCCAUCACUGUGCCCAGUGUCACCAUCUUUGUCUCCUAUGGCUUCAUCAUCUCCAGCAUCCUCCGCAUCAGCUCCAAGGAGGGCAGGGCCAAAGCCUUCAGCACCUGCAGCUCCCACAUCAUGGCUGUUGCCCUUUUCUUUGGCUCAGGUGCAUUCAUGUACCUCAAACCAUCUUCUGCUGGGUCCAUGGACCAGGGCAAAAUCUCUUCUGUGUUUUACACGAAUGUGGUUCCCAUGAUGAACCCAUUAAUCUACAGCUUGCGGAACAAAGAUGUAAAAUUGGCUCUAAGAAAAACCCUGGGCAGGAAUAAGGUUUGA